GACAUUUGACGGAAAGCGCGCGAUGUGAUCAUCGAUAUAAAAUCCUUAAUCUGUGGUGACCAUUACCUCAUUUUCCCGUUUUCCGUAACCACGCCGAUAUAUUGUAAGAAAAUUGAACAUCUCAUCGUAAUAGUGAAGUGUUUUCAGUUUGAAAAUAUUCUUUUGCUUCAAGAUUAAAUAAUUUUUCUUAACCGCAAAAUGCCAGCCAGCAGUAUUGAUCUGUACCAUAUGCAAGAUGCCAAAAAUAAUUUUGUAGCGAUGCGACCUGCGCCUGUUUGCACCGAAACUAACAUGUUUAUGGGUCAAUGUCCGAACAUUCACAUAUCAACCAAUUGCUAUUAUGGUUUUCAUGACCCUAAGAGUGUAGAAAACACACAUGGCAAUGCCGAUUGUGAAAUGAUGGAGGUGCCACAUGCUCAAGAGGACAAAGCUACAAAUCCACCUCAAGCGAACGCUCGAAAACGAAGUGCCGAAGACAGCACGUAUCCACAAAAUAAACGCCUUCGAGAAGAAGUACAAAUAAAGAAAAGAAUAGAUCCUGAGACAACUGAGAAAAAGAAACUGGAAACUAAUUCAGAAGAUUUAUUGGAAGCUCUUUAUUGGAAUAUACACGGAGGGAACUAUUUUCAUUUGUUAUAGUGUCUGUGAUGAACAUUUAAAUGUGUGGAAUUUUAUAAUGUUGGGACUCUAGAAACUUAUGUACUGAAUAUUUUGUAAAGAAGUUAUAUACUUUGAGCUUAUAUUUGAGUAAUUUUCGUAAUAAAGAUGAAAUAGGAAAA